AUGCUAAGAAAUAACGAUUUUGGAGGGGCUACAGUUACCCAGACAAAAAAGAUGUCUCACUUUACCCCAACCGAUCAAAGAGAAUUAUACCGAGAUGCAGUAAAACAACAAUCAUCAAAUCCAUUCAAAUUGGAGAGAGUAGUAAAUUAUGAUGGAAUGUUCACGGAGCAUGGUUCAAGCUUUAGAUUUGGUACAUCUCAUAAUUAUAAUCCAAAUUAUUUUCCUCCUAAAACAUUUGUAAAAAGUGGUAGGAAUGAGCCUCACAUUGAAACAACUCUAUCUGGACCUGACCGAUAUAAAUUUUUCCAUAGACCAGUUGUUGGACCUGUGAGUGAGAAUGAAUUUUUAAGCAUGCCAAUGAAUGAAAAACAUACAGUCUAUGUGACUGAUAAACCAUUAAAAACGGAAAGAGAUGAAUCUCAAGAAGAGAUUGAAUUCCAAGAGGAGGAAAUAAUAUCUCAACCAAGAACUAGAGAAGCUGGAACACAGUCAAUGUAUAGAGAAAAUGACACUCAAACCAUGCCAUACUUCCCACCAGUCAGACAAAAAUCAGCAAAAACUAAUGAAGUGGAUUUGAACAAUCCAUACAGUAAUCAAAAGGAACGAGCUGUUAUGAGACCAGGAGAACAAGUAGAAAUGGACCCUGAAGAUUACCCCGACUAUAUGAAAAUGCAUGAUUUAGUUUUUGAGGAUGGUAGGAAUGGAGGAUUUAUUACUGAGGAUCACAUUAAAAUUGUAGAUAGAACGAGGAGAAGAAGAGAAGUAGAAGAACAACUGAAAAGAGUUGGACCAAAUAUUGAUGAACAAGAAUUUAAGAAUCGAGUCAAUAUGUUAAAAGACCUUGAAAUGAUAGAAUGGAAGGAAAGAGAGGAGGAAGUUGCCAAAAUGCAGGAAAGGCAAAUUGAGCAUGUCAGAGCAAAAUUUGAGGUUCGAGAACAAGUCAGAGAAAUGAAGAGUAGUUCUAGGUUGGAAUCAAGAUUGAAAAAGAUACAAGAAGAAACAAAAGAAAAACUUGCCAAGAUUGAAAAGAAAAAGCUUAAAAACAUCAGAAGAACGAUCAAGAAGUUUGAUAAUCCUGAAAACACACUUGAAAGAAGAGAUAUUCUAUUCGAAUAUUCCUUCCCUGCCUCUAGGACCUAUGCUCCAAUGUUGAGAGAUGGUCAAGUCUCGGCUCUCACAACCAUUGCAUAUGAAAUUAGACCUGCUCUUUUGACAGAUCCAUUGGGAGUGGAAGAAGUUCAAAUGAAUCAAGUUAACAAAUACCUGACCUCAGAGAAUAGAAACCUCGAUAAGGCUCUCCCCAUUCGUGAUAAAUCAGGUGCUGUUGUCGUUGAUCCUCUCAAGACAACAAUCAAUCCAGAAAAUAGAAAGCAAAAGGUUGUAAAGGAACAUUUACAAUUAGCCAUCAAGGAGCUUGAAAAGUUAAAGAAUGUAAACGACAUCCAUGAUCGUGUCAAGGAAGUGAAAGAAAUGUACAAAUCUACUCCUAGAAUUACAAGACCUCCAACACCGACUUUGGAAGAUGAAGGCUCUGAAACUGAUGUCGUUUUUGAUGAUUUGGAGAAUGCUGCUUCAUUCAUUCAAAAAUUAUUGAGAGGAAGAGCAGCUCAAGAAGAAUUUUACGAGGGUAAAGAAAGAAGUAUCGAGCUUAUUAAGGAAUUACAAGCUGUUGAAGAAAUUAAACGAAAGGAAAGAGAACAAGAGAAAUCUCACCACUUUAAAGAACAACAAAGAAGACAAAAUCUCGACCAAGCAAGAGAAAUUGUCAUGGACAAUAUCCAAGGUAAACUCAUCAGUAAUGCACUUGACUUUUUAUCUAAAGAGCUCAUCAGACAAGAUGAACUCAAAAGAGUCAAACAAUUGGUUGAAUUUGCAGAAAAGGAAAGACACCAAAGAGAACAAGAAGAAAUCAUUAGAAGAAAGCAUGAAGAGGAGGCCAGAAAAAGAAAGGAAAAGAUUCAAUCAGAAACAAUUCAAAUUCACACCGAUACAGUUUCCACUUACCUUCUCGAUAUUUUCAAUGCUUGUUCUGAAAGUUUAGCUGAAAGACAGGCCAGAGAAGAAAUACUGCAGGAAAGAUUGUCAGAUGAAAUACUCAAAGAACGUACAGUAAUAACACCUGAAGAAGGAGCAAUCAAGGAUCUUGUCAAAUCCUUCCUUUUACCACAAGUCAAGAGAGAAGUUCUCAAAAAGAAGAUUGACGUUAAUCAGAACAAGUUUUUGAAUUCAGCCCAUUCACUAUUCCAAUCCAUAGAGUAA